UCUACGAUGACCCUGUCGACUAUCAUUCGUGAGGAUAUUCAACCCGUUCGCCUUAUCUGAUAGCGGAUGUGCCCGCUGCUUAGCCUCCACUCGACUAGAGAAACAAUGCGGGCCUAGCUAGCGGCUAACAUUAGCAAGACAGUCUGACGGACUACGCUGGGAUUUAAACCUGCGGUGACACUGUUUUUCGACGCAGCAACAAGAUACGGUCCGCUAUGAGCUCCCAGCUGCAGGUCUUCUCUCCCCCUUCUAUCUCAUCCAGUGCCUUUUGUCGUGUCAAGAAGCUAAAGGUAGAGAGCAAUGUUUGGGAUGUUUCCACCUCGGAAGCUUAUAGCUCUCUAACAGGCCAGUCUGGGUAUACCUUUGCUCCGGCAAUGGCUGUUCCUCCCUUUGCACCGUCUUUGGUCUUCCCUCCUGCUGCACCUGGAUCUAGGGGCCAAGUAGUGGUGCGGGCAGCUGACAGCACAGGCAGCCUUCCCCGUGGUUCCAGCCGGCGCAUCAGUGAGCAGGCAACCUCCUCUUAUGCCCAUUCCCAUGUUGAGGUGUCAUCUGAAAAUAGGAGCAACCGGCAUGGACAGAAAAGGAAGAUUGAGGAGGCUAAUGAAGGUAGUGGGAGUGGAUGUGGCAGCGUCCAGAUAUUAGAAGAGCUCUCGGCUCCUGCAGCUGCUUACUCCACCCGCACAGGUGGCGGAGGAGGAGGGGGCACUGGUCAAUCUAUCCCCCACUCAGCACCCACCACUAAGAGUAGUAGCUCUAACGGUGAGGGGGAUUACCAGCUUGUUCAGCAUGAAAUCCUAUGCUCCGUGUCCUCCAGCUAUGAAGUAUUGGAGUUUCUUGGCAGAGGUACUUUUGGACAAGUUGCCAAGUGCUGGAAGAGGGGCACCAAUGAGAUUGUGGCUAUCAAAAUCCUCAAGAACCAUCCCUCUUAUGCUCGUCAGGGCCAAAUUGAGGUGGGUAUCCUGAACCGCCUGAGUGCAGAGAAUGCGGAUGAAUACAACUUUGUGCGCUCAUAUGAAUGCUUCCAACACAAGGGUCACACCUGCUUGGUGUUUGAAAUGUUGGAGCAGAACCUGUAUGACUUUCUCAAGCACAGCAAGUUCAGCCCACUCCCCCUUCGGCACAUCAGACCUAUCCUACAACAGGUGGCAACUGCUUUGAUGAAGCUGAAGAGCUUGGGUCUUAUCCAUGCAGACCUGAAGCCUGAAAAUAUUAUGCUGGUGGAUCCCCUCAGACAGCCCUACAGGGUGAAGGUCAUUGACUUCGGCUCAGCCAGCCAUGUCUCCAAGGCUGUCUGCUCCACCUACUUGCAGUCCAGAUACUACAGAGCUCCAGAAAUCAUCUUGGGCCUCCCAUUUUGUGAGGCCAUUGAUAUGUGGUCCUUGGGCUGUGUGAUUGCUGAGCUGUUUCUGGGUUGGCCUCUCUACCCUGGAGCCUCAGAGUAUGACCAGAUCCGAUACAUCUCCCAGACCCAGGGCCUACCAGCAGAGUACCUGCUGAGUGCUGGCACCAAGACCAGCCGCUUUUUCAACCGAGGCGCUGACUCUAGCUACCCUCUCUGGAGGCUUAAGACCCCUUCAGAACAUGAGGUGGAAAUGGGCAUCAAGUCCAAGGAGGCCAGGAAAUAUAUUUUCAACUGUCUGGAUGAUAUGAUGCAGGUAAACCUGUCUUCUCAUUUGGAAGGCACAGACAUGCUAGCUGAGAAAGCUGAUAGGCGUGAGUUUAUAGACCUUGUGAAACGAAUGCUCCGACUGGAUGCUGACAAGAGGAUCACUCCCACAAAGACACUGGGUCAUCCCUUUGUCACAAUGAGCCACCUCAUGGAUUACCCCCACAGCUCUCAUGUGAAAUCAUGCUUCCAGAACAUGGAGAUCUGCAAGCGGCGGAGCUCAUCCUAUGACAGCAGUAAAUCCCUGUACUCCACUAACACUGUCCCAAACACUGCAGCCGGCAACCUUACAGUUACCUUCAGCAGCCAGCUCAACCAGCACAACCAGGUGCCUUCGGCAGGGGGAGCUGUGCCUCUGCUCAAUUAUCAACCCGCACUGUACCAGCAGGCUACUAUCAACAUUCCUGGGCUGGCUCAGCAGAGCGUUCCCAUUCAAGCGCGCCCAGCUGGGCUUUGUAGCCAGACAGAACCCUUCCAGCAGACUCUCAUCGUCUGCCCUCCCUCCACCAUCCAAGGGCUACAAUCAUCUAAUAAGGGCUCCAGUUUUCCUGUGAGAAUGGAGAACUCAGUACCUAUAGUACCUCAGAACCAGUCUGCUCAGUCAUUACAAAUUCAACCAAGUAUGCUCACACAGGGCUCCUGUACACCCCUGAUGGUGGCCACCCUUCACCCCCCUUCUGCAGGCAUGGCCCCCCAGUACUCUUUGCCUCUGGGACUGGGCACUGGGGUGGGCCGGCCCACCCUCCUGGAGCACACAGCCACAGUGCUGCAGGCCUGGCCCACCGGCACACAACAGAUCCUAAUCCCGUCAUCUUGGCAGCAGGUCCCAGGUGUGGCUAUCCACGGUUCAGCCCACCAGUCAGCCGUAGCAGAGUCACCCCUGGAAACAUUUCAUUCAGAUGACCAGCAGGGACACAACUGGAGGAGCUCAACCCAGGGUAGGUCUGUCCAGGAGAGGAAGAAGGUCAAAGCCAGACGUGGCGAGAGCAAAAACAGGGGUAUUUCCAAUGCAUCGUUGAUCAGCAAUAACGAUGUGAGCCCGCCCACCUGCAGCACAUUGUCCCAGCCAAUCAUCAUCUCAGACACGCCUAGCCCAGCAGUCAGCAUCAUCACCAUUCACAGCGACACAGACACAGAAGAUGAGCGCAAGUUCCAUCCGGCAAGCAUGGGGUUAAGCCAACGGACUAAUGUAAUUAGCUGUGUGACAGUGCACGAUUCAGACUCGUCCACAGCCAGCCCCCUGACUCCUCUGCCCCGCACACACAUCCUUCCCAGUGCUGUGUCAUCACGGCAUGCCAAGUCUCUGGCAGUGGUGGCACCCUCUGUCAAAACCCAGAUAUCAGAGCGGGGCUCUGCAUCCCGUUCCCGACUAGAGGCCGUAAACUACAUGAAGACCAAGAGAUCAGCUAAUCGGCAGCCCUGCAACUCAGGAGAGAGCAUUGAACAGCACAGGAUUGUGCCGAGCCAGUCACAUCCAUUAAACCUCAGCCAGGUGCAGUCUGUUGUGCCCUCAUCUCAGGAACGUCUGGGCGAUUCCCAUAGUGGUUCAUCUUUGCGUCGCCAGCAGACCUUCCCCCCAGCUGGCUCAGCCUCCCACUAUAACUUCCAGGAGGUGUCUACCUUGGUGUCAACAUCAGCCUCAGGCCCCAGUCUGUACACUUACCCAGGCUCUGCUGCGCUGUCAGCUUCCCAAGCCAUGGAGCAGCUGCUAGGCCGUGGUCACAACAGCCACGGACGCUCCCCAUCCACCUAUGCAGCAACAUAUGCCUCAUCAUCUUCCUCCAGGAGAGAUUCAGCCAGUCGGAAGGAUUCAGUAAGCAGUCUGCUCCAUGGCCUUCCCGCUGCCUAUCAGCAUCAGUUUGCCACUGGUUCACCCUAUGUUAGUGUGACACCCCGGGCUGAGGCUUACAGCGCUUAUCAGCUCAGCCCCAGGCACUUGACACAGUACCCCUACCUAUGAGGAGCACUCAAACUGAUGUCUUUAUGCAUGCUCAAUAAUCCAGGUAAGGAACUCACAGAAAGUUGAAUAGGUUCAUCUGGACACAACGUUUAUUGAGAAAAACGUUUCAUCACUCAUCUAAGUAACCUCUUCAGUCUCACUUGACUGCAGGUAAACCCCUUAUAAACAAUACAGUGGCAUAACGACCGAAAACAACGAUCGAUUUCAUAUGUAUAUUGCUGUGACCAUUAACUAGAGUUACAUUGGUGAGGGAAGACAUGCAGGUGGCUGGUGUGACAGAGGAAGAUGCAGAAGACAGGAAGAAAUGGAAACAAUUGAUCCGCUGUGGCGACCCCUAACGGGAGCAGCCUAAAGUAGUAGUAGUAGUUUGUAUGAUUAACUUAAUGACCUAUAACAUCUCUUGAGUUUCUGGCAUCUAUUCUUAACCUGUUAGUAGGCAGUAAUGAACGUCACAUUCAGAACACUGGAUUCUGUGGAUAAGGUGAGGGACAUCAUUAUGGAGGGGGAUGAAACAAUGGUCUCUUAUGAUGUUACGUCUCUCUUCACAUGCGUUCCUGUUGAUGAAGCAGUGGAGGUAGUCUGUAUGAAAUUACAAAACGAAUCCAGCCUUAGCAAUAAGACCACCCUCAACACUGACCAAGUGUGUCUGCUCUUGAAGCUGUCUCCAGUCCACGUACUUCACAUACGGGGGGCAGUACUAUAGGCAGAAGCAUGGGCUGUGCAAUGGGUUCCCCAGUUUCACCUAUAGUGGCCAACUUGUAUAAUGGAGGAAGUGGAAAAGAGGGCACUGAUGUCCUUUCCAGGGACACCACCUAGUCAUUGGUUCAGAUUUGUGGAUGAUACCUGGGUUACAGUUAAAUCUCAGGAUGUACCACAUUUCACCAACCACAUCAAGUUCACCAGGGAGGAUGUGAAAAAUUACAGGUUAGCCGCCUUAUACUGUGACAUUGCAAUUGAUGAAGGGGACAUUUGAUUGUUGAUGUUUACUGUAAACCAACACAUACAGAUCAGUACUUAAGGUUUUACUCUCAUCAUCCACUGGAGCACCGACAGCGAUCGGGGAAGAGGAGAAAUCCCACAUUAAACAGGCCCUGGUUAAGUGUGGUUAUCAUAACUGGGCGUUUGUCAAAGCCAGGAAGAUGCCCAAACAGUGCACCAGCUGAUCGAAGAGAAGGACAACAUCUGCCUAAGUGUAAACCAGUGUUGAUGUUGGAUGUGGUGGGGGUUUCGGAACAGUUGAGACUUAUACUUUCCAAACUCUGCGUCUCGGUUGCUUUCAAACCCCAAAACACACUGCACCAGAAAUUGGUCCACCCCAAGGAUCGGGUCCCCCGGCACAAACCUCAGUCUGACUGCAGACAGAGGUGACUGCUCGAUUUUAGUUCUUUUAGACUUAAGUGCUGCCUUUGACCCAGUUGAUCACAACAUCCUCUUACAUCGCUUAGAAACUUGGAUUGGCAUCAAGGGCUCGGCUCUUAGUUUAUUAUGCUCUUACCAACAGAACUUUUUCUGUUGUUCUGGGUAACUCUAUUUCCUCAGUGGCUCAGUUGAGUUGUGGUUUUCCUCAAGGCUCAGUGCUUGGCCCCCUUGUCUUUUCUAUAUACAUGCUGCCCCUUGGCCAGGUCAUUCAAAAUCACAGCUGUGUUUUACCAUUUUUAUGCUUACAACAUUGUUAUACAUGCUACGAAAACCCACAGAUCCUAGCACCCUAGCAAAUCUCACAACUUGCCUCUCUGACAUUAAAUCCUGGAUGUCUGAAAUUUUUCUUAAAUUCAAUGAUGAUAAGUCUGAGGUCAUUCUGUUCGGUCCCCCAAAUUCCAUCAGCCAUUUUGGUACUAAUCAUCAGGUAGUCUUAAACAGGCUGCUAGGAAUCUUGGGGUAAUAUUCAAUGCUAAUCUCAGUUUUGAUAAUCAAAUCCAAUAUAUUGUUCUGUCAUGCUUUCUCAAGAUCAAGAUAAUCUCCAGAAUUGGGUCAUUUUUAUCAAUUGACAAUCUGCUAAAAAUUGUAUAUGCUUUUAUUUAUUCUCGGCUUGACUAUUGCAACGCACUUUACUUGGGUUAUCAGCAAGGGAUCGCUCCACCGUCUGCAGUUGGUACAAAACGCCGCUGCUCGGCUCAUUACCAGAACAAAGGGGCACUUCUGUGCUUGCCUCCCUACACUGGCUCCCUGAUACAUUUCGAAUUGAUUUUAAAAUUUUAUUGCUCACUUUUAAGGCUUUAAACAGUCUUACUCCUACAUAUAUUUCUGAUUUAUUGACCUGAUAUACGCACUCUGCACCAUUAAGAUCCGCAGAUGGAGCCCUGGUGGUUAUUCCUAGGUCUGGGUUUGUCACAAAGGGUGAUCGGGCUUUUGCCGUUAGAGCCCCACACUAUAGAACUCUCUUCCUAUUGAACUAAGACAAACCAAGCCUCUAGCUUCUUUUAAAUCUAUCUCAUCAUAAAACUUUGAUUUUUGUGAAAGCUUACAAAUGUUUUUAUUUAUUCAUACUGUUUUUGUUUUUACUCUUACUUAUUUGGUCUUAUUCUUGUUUUUGCCUUGUCUGGCUUUAUUUCUUUGUAAAGCACUUUUUAACAUUGUUUUAGAAAUGGGCUAUAUAAAUAAAGUUAUUAUUAUUAUAUUAUAAACAGAGCAAUAUAGUGUAUGCUGUUAAGUGCCAGGAGGAUUGCCACGACAUCGGGGAAACCAAACAGAUGCUGGCCAAGAGGAUGGCACAACACAGAAGAGCUAACAUGUCAGGCCAGGACUCCCCAGUCUACACCCAUCUUAAUAAUAAAUCAAUCUUAUAUAGUGCUUUUCUACCACUCAAAGUUGCUUUACAAUAAACGGGGUGAAACAAGACAACAGAUAAACAUAGCACAAACAUACAGGGGUGGAUGGGAAGGGGGGGCUACGAGAGGGAGAAGCAGCAGGACAGUGGCCACUCCUUCAAGGAUGAGGACGUGCACAUCCUUGACAGGGUGGAACGCUGGUUUGAAUGGGGAGUCAG